AUGUCGAAUUCUUAUAGUUUAGCUAGCUGUGCCAAGAAGAGAGUGUCUUACUUUUACGAUCACGAUGUUGGAAAUUUCAAUUAUGGGCCUGGGCACUACAUGAAGCCCAAGCGUAUGCACAUGGUUCACAACAUGGUUGUCAAUUACGGUUUAUACAAAAAGUUGGACAUUGUGAAACCCACUCGUUGCACUGCCUAUCAAAUGACUCGAUUCCAUUCAGAUGAAUAUGUCAACUUUCUACAAACAGUGACACCAGACAACUUGGAAUCACUAGCUAUGCAACAUGGUGGUUUGGAACAAGGCAUUGCUCGAUUCAAUGUUGGUGAAGAUUGCCCUGUCUUUGAAGGCUUGUUUGAAUUUUGCUCUAUAUCUGCCGGUGGGUCUAUUGGUGCUGCUAACAAAUUGCUCAAUGGUGAGGCUGAUAUUGCCAUCAAUUGGUCUGGUGGUCUCCAUCAUGCCAAAAAGACUGAAGCUUCCGGUUUCUGUUAUGUGAAUGACAUUGUAUUGGGUAUUUUGGAAUUGCUGAGAUAUCACCAACGUGUGCUCUAUGUUGAUAUCGAUGUUCAUCACGGUGAUGGCGUCGAGGAGGCGUUUUACACAACAGAUCGUGUCAUGACAUGUUCCUUCCACAAGUUUGGAGAGUUCUUUCCUGGCACAGGCGACAUUAAAGAUACUGGGUUAGGAAGUGGCAAACGUUAUGCAGUUAAUGUGCCAUUGAGAGACGGUAUAGACGAUGAGACUUACAAAAGUGUGUUUAAACCUGUGAUUCAGCAUAUUAUGGACUGGUAUAGGCCUGGCGCUGUUGUGCUUCAAUGCGGUGGUGAUUCAUUGUCAGGAGAUCGUUUGGGAUGCUUCAACCUAUCAAUGCGUGGACAUGCCUCUUGUGUAGAGUUCAUCAAAUCCUUCAAUAUACCUAUGAUGAUGGUGGGUGGCGGUGGAUAUACAAUUCGAAAUGUUGCAAGAACAUGGACUUUUGAAACUGGCUUGGCUGUAGGAGAAGAUUUAACACAGGAAGAGUUGCCUUAUAACAAUUACUUUGAGUAUUAUGGCCCUGAAUACAAAUUAGAAGUGCCAUCAAACAAUAUGACCAACCACAACACUCGUGAAUACCUGGAUCACAUCAUUUCAAAGAUUGUUGAUAACCUGAGAAGCAUGCCAUUUGCUCCCUCUGUACAAACACAAGAAGUUCCUCGGGACUUCAACAUUGAUGACUAUAUCGAUGGAGAAGACAGCGAGGCAGAAGAUGCAGAUGCCAGACAAACUCAGCGUCAUAAAUUGGAGAAUAUGGGUGUAUUGUAG